AAUCAAUCAAUAAGCCUCCUUCGGCUGGCUUUGGAUAUCUAAGGUAUAAUCAUUCUGCUACAACUCAGCUGCUAUUACUCCUGACAUGCCAUUCAAAUUGAAUCUCUAAUCCCUAUCUCCUGCCAUUACCACCUGUGAACAUUGCCAAUCCAUCACCAUGAAGCAUCGUGUUAUUCACCAAUUCAAGAGGGCACACGUCGUCAGCAAUCCUCCGACUGCACGACUCUCACUUGCGCUUCCUGUAGGACGAAAGUGCUACUCGACACAUCCGCCUAAUGCCAAACUAAAUCUGCCUGUCGACUAUGGCACGACUCCUCUCCUCGCACAUAACUCACAGGCUGCUUUGAGCCACAAGGAGCUACCUGAAAGCAUUCGAAAUGGGCCGACCAAGAAGAUGAACCUGUUUCAGGCCAUCAACGACGCGAUGGGAAUUGCACUAGCUGAGGAUGAGUCUGUUGUCAUUUUCGGAGAGGAUGUUGCUUUUGGUGGUGUUUUCAGAUGUACUAUGAACCUUGCCGAAACCCAUGGUGCUGAGAGAGUAUUCAAUACACCCCUUACAGAACAGGGUAUCAUGGGAUUCGGUAUUGGUCUUGCUGCGGAAGGCAUGCGACCUAUCGCUGAGAUUCAAUUUGCCGACUACGUCUACCCAGCUUUCGAUCAAUUAGUCAACGAGGCCGCCAAAUUCAGAUAUCGUGACGGGUCCUGCGGGCGAAGCGUGGGUGGCUUGACCGUACGAAUGCCCUGCGGUGGUGUUGGUCACGGAGGUCUCUACCAUUCACAAUCUCCCGAGAGUUUGUUUACACAUAUCCCUGGGCUGAAGGUCAUCAUGCCAAGAUCGCCAGCUCAAGCUAAGGGUCUUCUCCUGGCCGCAAUUCGCAGCAACGAUCCCUGCGUGUUUAUGGAGCCCAAGAUCCUGUACCGCGCCGCCGUCGAGCAAGUCCCUGUUGGUUCAUACGAACUCCCGUUAUCGAAGGCUGAGAUUCUCAAGGAAGGCAAGGAUGUCACAAUUGUCUCAUACGGCCAACCUCUCUACCUAUGCCAGAACGCCAUCAAGCAGGCAGAGCAGGAUCUGGGCAUCUCUGUUGAGUUGAUCGAUCUUCGAACUCUGUAUCCAUGGGAUAAGCAGACCGUACUCCAGAGUGUUCGCAAGACAGGACGAGUCAUGGUUGUCCACGAAGCUAUGGUGAAUGCAGGUAUUGGUGCUGAAGUGGCCGCGACCAUUCAAGAAGAUCAUGAUACAUUCCUGCGAUUAGAGGCACCUGUCGCUCGGGUUGCUGGGUGGAGUAUUCACUCGCCUUUGCUAUAUGAGAAGUUUAAUGUUCCUGACGUUGCAAGAAUAUAUGAUAAUAUCAAGAAGUUAUUGAACUACUAGUGGAAGAAUAAUGGAAGGGAGGUAAAGCGGUUAUACCAGAACAGCCAAGAUAGCUAGAGCCCUAAAAUAGAAAUUCGAGACAUCGAUUCUUU